UUCCCCGGCGGGCGCCGCUCGGAGUGAGUCCGCCCCUCACCCGCUGCCGCCCCGCGGGCUCUGUCGGUCAAGGCCCCUUGGGGCAGCCCAGCAGCGCCUCGGGCCCCGCAGCCGGUGGCUGCAUCUCGCCCGGGGGCACGAGCGGGACUCCCCGCGGCCAGCCCCGGGGGAUUGCGCCCCGCCGAGCCGCGGUGACUCCGCGCGCCCGCGCUGCGCUGCGCUGAUGGCGCUGCCUACGCUGCCCUCCUGCUGGGCCAGCCGGAGCAGGGCCCUGGAGCAGCAGAUCGUGCGGCAGCGGGACCAGGAGGCCCGUUGGCGGCAGCAGUGGGAGCGGAACAGCCGCUAUUUCACACAGUCCGGAGUCUGCAGCUCCAAGCAGAGCCAGUGGAGCUCGCGCCGGUCCUAUCAGCAGAGCAUGAAUGCAUAUCACUGUGAGAAAAUGAAAGAGGAAAAAAAAAUCAGCUUGGAGCAGAGACGAGAACAACUUAGGAAACUUUUGUAUGAGGAGCGAGAAUUGCUAACAGCAGAACUCAGGGAGCUGAGACUGAACAAGGAGUCAGAUCUGAACAAGAUCAGAGAGAGAAGUGAAGAUUUGAAAUCUGCUAGAGAAGAGCGUCGGAAAAAGGUGGCUGAAGAGCUGCUGUAUGAACACUGGAAGAAGAACAAUACCAAACUCCGAGAGAUUGAGUCAGAGCUCCACAGGAAGCAUGUGAUAGACGUUUGGGGCGAUCAGCUAACAGAAAAGAAGCAGCAAGAAGCAACUGAAAGAGAAGAAAAAAGACGGUAUGAAAAUGAAUAUGAACUUGCCCGAAGGGAAGCACUGGAAAGAAUGAAACAAGAGGAAGAAAAGAGGCAGCUGGAAGAGAAGAAACGAGCUGAAGCAUUACUGCAACAAAUGGAAGAACUGAAGUUCCGGGAGAUGGAGGCAACAAAACUGAAGAAAGAGCAAGAUAAUUUACUAAAACAGCAAUGGGAGCUGGAAGAGCUGGAAGAAGAGAGGAAGCAAAUGGAAGCAUGCAGGAAAAAGUUGGAGCUUGGUCGCUUUUUGAGACAUCAGUAUAAUGCCCAACUAAAGAGACGUGCACAGCAGAUACAACAGGAGCUGGAGAUGGACAGGCAAAUACUAUUAGCCCUUAUAGAGAAAGAAGAUGAGGACCAACGCCUCCACUCUGCUAGACGGGAGCGGGCUGCUGCAGAUGCUGCCUGGAUGAAACAUGUAAUUGAGGAGCAGCUCCAGUUAGAAAAGGCACGAGAGGCAGAACUGGAGACCAUUUUUAGGGAAGAAGCUAAACAAGUGUGGGAAAAAAGAGAAGAGGAAUGGGAGAGAGAGAGGAAGGCCAGAGACAGACUGAUGAAUGAGGUCCUUGCAGGCAGACUGUGUCAGAUCCAAGAGAAGAUGGAGCUAAAUCGACAUGCCCAGGAGGAAUGUGUAAAAUACCGGGAAGAGCUGAUUAGAGAGCUUGAGGAGGCAAAAGAGCUAACUCGUCGAGAGAGAGAGGAAGAGGAGGAACUAAAAACAGCUCGCAAACAAGAGCUGGAGUCCCAGCUUACCGAACGUCACCUCCAAGAGCAGGAAGAGUUACAGCGCCAGAAAGAGGAGGAGGAGGCAGCAAGGCUGGCAGAGCAGCACUGUGAGGAGUUAGUGCGGCAAGAGGCCAAGCGCAUGACUGAGCGGGGCUAUCCCAGUAAGCCCCGUGGUCGUCCAAAAACAGCUUGGACCUGAGAAGGGUUGCCCUUAAGUUCUGAGGUGUGAGCAUCGUAGCAUCAGUAUGAAGGACUCGAUGUUGCAGGCUAUGUGCCUGUUAAAGAUCAGGAUGGUGUGGAAUAUUUCAAAACCAAGAAUCAAGGUGCUGUCAUCAUGAAAUUGUCAGGAAUAGUCCAUGAAGCUGAUGGAGCUGUGCUCAGUGCAAAUGAAGGGUGAAGUUUUCAAAAGCAUUCAGCCAAAUUCUCCCCUUGAAGUCAAGGUCAAAUUUCCCUUGAAUGCAGCAGCAGCAGAGGUAGGCCAAUGGAGCUUUACUUGAAAAUACUAUCCUAAGUGUGGAGAGGGCCCUACACCAUUCCAGCUGCUUCCAGUGUUUAGAAGCUGUGAAGUGACAUGAUGUAACAUGUAAGGCAAAGUCGACUGUCCACCUGCACUUCAACCAGGAAAAACAGUGGUGGAAGAGUAAAUAUGCAGAAAGCUUUAAAAUAGCUGCAUGUAUUCUUGACUAACGCAACCCAGUUGAAUCAAUGAUACUAAACCACUGACUGUUGCUGUUUAUAGCAGAAAGGGUUUCUUUAGCAUCAUGCCUUUUCUAUUAACCCUAAGUAAUGUUUGCCCAGAAAUCCCUCCUGUGUUUCCUUAUCCCCAUGCAUUGUAAAACCGUGUUUGUGAGAAUUGCAAUGCCACAGGGUGUCAAUUGUUGACAAGUUUCAUUUAGGAUCUAGGACUUUAAAGAUUUUAAUAAAUAUUUACUUGUCUGGUUUAGAUUUACUCUUUGAAGUUUUCACACACCAUCUCAUUUUCAAAGAGAGAGCCCUGCCUUGGAUGUGCUUAUUACCAGCUAUCUCGUGAACAAUGCAGCACUGGCUUUCACAAUGGAUGCCACUGGUUUGAAAUUAGACACUCCUAGGGCUUUGAAAGUGGGGCUUUUCUUUAAUUAAAAAAAAAAAAAAAGCUAGCUCAUCCUUCUUCCCACCCUAGAAGAGCGCACUAAAGGGAGAAGUGAUUCUUCUCCCCUGCCCCCUAACUGUACCUUUGUAUGAGGUUCAGAGCUCUUCAGUGACAUUACAGCUCAUCUCUGCUGCUGGAAUCAGAGCUUCAGCCUGUACAGGAGUAGGGUGGUGGCUGUUGCUUCAAACUACCUCUUCCUACUAAUCUACUCAACUGCACUAGGAGGGCCAGUUGAGUUUACUCUGCCUUUUGUUAACAUAUGAAAACAGCUAUAAACAAACCAAUGUUAUGUUAGAUGUUCUUACCCCACAGCUACAUUAGGGACCAGUGUGAAAUCCCUGGUUUGGGUGUUGUGUGCUUACCAAGACUGAGAACCUAGUACAUGGAGUGAGGUGGGGCAGUAGUUCCAGAAAGCCCAAGUAAAGAGGUGGUUAGUGCUAGUCUGAGCCUUGCUGUGCACCUGGAGGUUUGCAUCCUCUACUGUAAAAAUCUGAUCUUGACAUCAUGUGUAUUUUUAAAAGGAAAACAUGAAAUAGGAGCAACUGCUGCCUGAAAUUCAUCAAGCUUAUCCAGUACUUUCACUCCACAGAGUUGUGGGUUAAUCUUCCCAUUUAUUUUUGCAAGCAGAUUAUUUCACUGCAAUAGAAGGCAGCAAUGUGACUGAGCUCAACAGUUAAAGUAACUACUGCUAUGAACAUAAAGUUGGUGCAGCUGUCUCACUUAAUCGACUAUAAUGGACAAUGAUGUUUACGCAACUCAGAUUCUACACAUUUGCUUGAGGCUAGUGGAUUCAGUUGUACUGGAAGAUUCCCUCAUUCUGCUAGUAGAGACCCAGUGUGUAUUACAGGGAGUUAGAAC